CCUGUUCAACGACUGGUAGAUUGUUGGAAGUCAAAUUGUCACAUUCUCCUAGGAGAUCCUCAAUCUAAAAGAAGUCGACAUUUUUUCUGUGGAAAUAUUACCAUACACAACAGCAACAAUCUCUCUAAAUGGGAUGAAUUAUGUCCGGUAAAAGAAGCAAAACCAGAUGUCUUUGAUUUCGGUAUAUAUAUCCCCGCUCUUCAAUCUAAUGCGACAAGUUCAACACAUGUCGUGCAAAGAAUGUCACAAUCUUUUUGGUGGGCCUUACGGAAUCUGAGUUCUUUUGGUUCGAACCUCCAGACUAGUCUGUAUACAGUGGAAAUCUUCUUGUCUGUGAUGAUAUCUAUAAGCGGCAUGGUGUUAUUUUUAGUAUAUCUAAAUGCAAGGGUGCAGAUGCAGGAGUCUCAAGAAUUAUUAGAUCAGUCUAAAUCAAAAAAGAAGCAGUCGCAAGAAUUAUUAGAUCAGUCUGAAUCAAAAAAGAAGCAGUCGCUGAAACUGUGGUUAGAUAAAAAUGAAAUCCGACCCAAUACGGAUCAGAUGGAGACCAUCAUGAACAACAUACACAAACUUGAAGAAAACAAAGAUAUCGAUGUGCAAAACAUGCUCUCUAUUCUUCCUGUAGAUGACAAAAAAAGCAUCAUCCAGUUGCUCUGCUUGGCUUCACUAAAAAAAGUGCCUGUGUUUGAAAAUAUUGAUCAAAAUAUUUUGAUAGCAAUCUGUGACCAUCUUAAGCCAGUGACAUACACUGAAGACAGCUAUAUUGUGCAAGAGGGGAGACCACUUGGGAAGAUGCUCUUCAUCGUGGAAGGCCUUGCAUGGACUUACACUACCAGUAACAUCAUUGAUGUAGGAACGUUAAAGAGAGGUGAUUAUUACGGAGAAGAAGUUUUAACUUGGGCAUUCCAACCUCCCUCCUUUUCUGGUUUACCCAUCUCAACUAGAACGGUUAUGUCUCAAGAAAAAAUCGAAGCCUUUGCUAUCAGAGCCGGUGACUUGAAGAGUGUUGUCUGUAAGUUUAGGUGCCAUUUUAGGAAGAAGGUAGAUUUUUCACAGCUGCAGCUCUGGGAGAAUGGCGCCUCCGUAAUGCAAAGCCUAAAGUCCCAAGUAAUUGACAUAACUCCUUGUCCCUAACUGCUGCUAUUGUGUUUCAGCUCUGCUAUUGCUAUUCCAUCGCUUUUGUUUGUAAUUGUUUGUGUAAUGUGUGUUGUAAUCUUUUAUACUUUUAGAGAAUCAGUGGCUUUUGUUGUAGUU